AUGCCGCCAUGGGCCAAGUGCCAAGGUGUGGGGGCCAGUUUCCCAGACCAGAAGCCUGCAUGGGAUGUGCUCCCCUGGCCCCUGGUCAUUCCCAGCCCCUCCACAACAUGGCGACUGCCAUGCCUUCUCCCUGCUUGCCUUCCCCACAUCGCCCACAACCUGAGCACCAAGACACCACCCCUUUCUGUCUGCAGUGAAAGUUGCCAUCCAGGUCAGAGGAAGAAAAUGAAGGAGGGGGAGCCAUUCUGUUGCUACGACUGCGUUCCGUGUCCGGAAGGGAAGAUUUCAGAGAAGCAGGACUUGGAUGACUGCAUCACUUGCACAGAAGAUCGCUAUCCAAACAUGGGACAGUCCCAGUGCGUUCCCAAAGGCGUCGAUUUCUUGUCUUACGAAGAGCCAUUGGGGGUCACUUUAGUGACUUUUGUCCUUCUCUUUUCUUUCAUCACAGUUUGGGUGCUCGGAAUCUUUAUCAAGCACCGCGACACCCCCAUUGUCAGAGCCAACAACAGGAACCUCACCUACGCUCUCCUUAUCUGCCUCCUCCUCGACUUCCUUUCUGCUUUGCUUUUUAUUGGUCAGCCAGUUCGGGUGUCGUGUCUCCUCCAACAAAGCCUUUUUAGCCUGGUCUUCUCGGUUGCCAUUUCUUGUGUGCUGGCAAAAACGGUCACAGUGGUUCUGGCUUUUCUGAGCAUCCAGCCAGGGAGCAGCAUGAGGAAGUGGGUGGGGAAAAAAGUGGGCAACUCUAUUGUGAUUUCCUGCUCCUUUUUCCAAGCGGCAAUUUGCUGUGUGUGGCUGGCAAGUUCUCCCCCAUUCCCUGAUGCUGAUGAGCGCUCAGAGGCCGCAAUAGUCGUACUGGAAUGCAAUGUAGGGUCUGUCACCAUGUUUUACUGUGCCCUUGGCUAUAUGGGCUUUCUGGCCUUUGUUAGCUUCGUGGUGGCUUUCGUGGCCAGGAAGUUACCUGAUAGUUUUAAUGAAGCCAAAUUUAUCACUUUCAGUCUAUUGGUCUUCAGCAGUGUGUGGUUGUCCUUUGUUCCAACCUACUUGAGCACCAAGGGGAAAUACAUGGUGGCCGUGGAGAUCUUCUCCAUCUUGGCCUCCAGUGCUGGACUUCUAGGUUGCAUCUUUGCCCCCAAAAUUUACAUUAUUAUUCUGAGGCCUGAGCUGAACCACAGGGAACAGCUGAUAAGAAGGAAAGAGCAGUAA